CGAACAGGAAGUGACGCUAUUUUCCGGUAAAACUUAGAUAAACGCUUCCGGAGAGUUCAAAAUGGCAGCAGCAAUGGAUGUUGACACGCCAAGCGGUACAAAUAGUGGAGCAAGCAAGAAGCGCUUUGAAGUGAAAAAGUGGAAUGCUGUUGCACUGUGGGCCUGGGACAUAGUGGUGGAUAAUUGUGCUAUCUGUAGGAACCACAUCAUGGAUCUGUGCAUAGAGUGCCAGGCCAACCAAGCUUCUGCAACCUCAGAAGAGUGCACUGUGGCCUGGGGUGUCUGCAAUCAUGCCUUCCAUUUCCACUGUAUCUCCCGUUGGCUGAAGACCAGACAGGUGUGUCCCCUGGACAACAGGGAGUGGGAGUUUCAGAAAUACGGACACUAGUUGUGAUAUUGACCUGUUCCUUGGCUUCUGCGAGCAUCAACCUUUCACUUUCCAUUUUGCUUCCUGCUCAUAUACCUAGAUGUUAUUUUACAUGUUUUGCUAUGUUGUAAUUCAAUAAACUGUAAAACCAUCA